UUAUGUUAACGAAUCACUUGUUGGCGGAUCAUAAUUGUCUACAAAAUUGUGUUGUGGCUUGUUAGUAAAGACAAUUAUUAUAUGCAGCAUGUCGCAGUAUAGACGGCGUGUGGUCAGAAACUGUAUACAGUUAUAAUUGCCUUUCUAUAAUAUUGAUUUAAUAAUAAUUUCAACGGGUACAAAUGUACAGUUCAGUAUGUGGAGAAAUUAUGUUUUACUCUCUUUUCGGAUUGAAGAAAUUCCACAAAUUACAAAAAUUAAAUGGAUUUUAGAAUGGUUUGUUGUUUUACAAGUCCUACCAUUUUGUAUUGGAACGUUAUGUCCUAGUAAUGUUCAAAGAGAAGCAUUCUCAUGUUUUGCUGGAUAUAGUACACAAUUGUUGAAUAUGCAAAAAAGUUCCGAAACAUUAUUUACUGGUGUAGAUGUAGAACUUCUAAGAGCCUUUUGCAGUUCAUAUAUUCAGUCAAUGACAUGUGUAGAUACUUUGAAGAAAAAAUGCCCAUCCACACUGCAUGAAAAGAUAGAAGUUACAUUGUUUCAUUUUGAAGGAGCGAGAGAAGAACUUAGCGAAUUGUGUAAAGAUGAUGCCUUAUACGAAGUUUAUGCCAGACAUAUGACGUGUUUCCUGACGUCUGGAAGUUAUUCCGAACGAUGUUUUGAGGACACAAUGAACACUUCUGUUAGACUUAUGUCACGAUUUGACGACAAAUCACUACCUCAGCUAUGUAGAGAUUUUAGGAAAACUUUAAACUGUAUACAAACAAAAAUAAAGAGAAGGUGUAACGAGGAAGCAGCUGGUUUGGUUCCCAUUCUUGUUAAACCUAUGGUAAGACGGAGCAACCUCUGUGACCUUAAUCAUGAUUCACACAUUUUAAUGACGUCUUCAACGACAGCGCAGACGACAACAGAAGAUAAUGUGAUAACUGACAGUAUACAACACAGAAUAGAAGUUCGUCAUAAUUUAAGCAAGGAUGAAAGCAAUAUGAAUUCUGCUCGCGCUACAACCGUGUCAUGCACGACAAUUCUUGUGUUAAUCUGCAUAAUCUAUUGGAUUUAUGGGAAUGGAUGAAAUUUGUAAACCUUAACGUCGACAUCUAACACAGCAAAAUGUUGUCUAAAGGUAAUCGUUGGAAUAUUUCUCUGUGAUAAACACAUUCCAGUUCUUGUUGGAUUUAUGAUAGAGGUUAUUAAUGUUAACCAUCUGUGAUAUACAUGUACAAAAGACCAUUAUCUUGUGCAGACAAUAUCACGAUAAUACAGUGCUUUAAAGCAAACAUUCAGUUUGGUUCCGAAUACAAAAUAACUGGUUUAAAACAAAAUAUGGCUAAUUGAUGACCUUUAUGCCGAUUCUACGGUACCAGCGAGGGGUCAAAUUUUUAAUAAAAUAGUUCCGAUAUAGAAUUGUUGAAAAGCUGUUAAUUGUUACAUUUUUAAAAAUAAAAAUGAAAAAAGUAA